UAAAAUAUUCCCUUGCCCGCCUCUGCACGCCGCGUUCGUUCUGUUUCUGCUGGCAGUCAUUCAUUCAUUCAUUCAUUCAUUUCCACGCCUCCGUGCCCACUCAUUCCAUACCAAGACCACACAUUCCGAUCAGGAUAUACGGUCGUUUCAUUCUCUUGCUGAAACAAGCCACCCAGAUUGCUCCUAUUUUAUCCGCCCACUGCCGUAAUUGUUUCCCCAAAGAACCCGAAUCAUCAGGCCGCUGGCUCGUUCUGUGAUUGUGUUCUAUCUUGAGGAUGCCAUCGUCACUCUUUGGCCUGGGAGCUUUUGCUCUGUCUAUCUCCCCAGUGCUUGCAACAACAUACAAUCUUGUCCACAACUUCGACUCGACGAAUUUCUUUCAAAAUUUCUCACUUACUAGUGGUGCUGAUCCUACUCAUGGGUUUGUCGAAUAUCUCGACUACGACACGGCCCAGAGUGCAGGCCUGGUCAGCACCAAAUCUGGCAAUGUCUAUCUCGGUACUGAUCAUACAAAUACCUAUAGCACCGGCGGACGACCCUCGACUCGCGUAGAAUCCAAUGUUUUCUUUGACCAGGGCCUUAUGGUUGCUGACUUCGCUCAUAUCCCUGGGUCUGCCUGCGGUGUCUGGCCUGCCUUCUGGACGGUGGGUUCCAGCUGGCCCGCGGACGGUGAAAUUGAUAUUAUCGAGGGAGUCAACAAUCAGGCUACCAAUAGCAUGGUCCUACACACCCAGGGGAAGUGUGACAUUGUCAACAAUGCCCAAACCGGACAGACUUCUGCCACUAAAUGCGCCCUAUCCGAUGGCACCACGGGUUGUGUUGUCAAAGGGACUAAAGGAAGCUUUGGUGAUGAUUUCAAUGCUCUCGGCGGCGGUGUGUACGCUAUGGAGUGGACCUCGCAGUUUAUCAAGAUCUGGUUUUUUCCUCGCGAUUCUAUUCCUGCAUCCAUCACGGCGGGCAAGCCUGAUCCUAGUGACUUUGGCACCCCCAUGGGUGACUUCCAAGGUUCAUGCAAUAUCGGCGACGAGUUCAAAGCCCAGAAGAUCGUCAUCAACACUGAUUUCUGUGGUGACUGGGCUGGUGGUGUAUUCGGUUCAUCUGGUUGUACUCUCAGUGACGCAAGCAAUCCGACUGCAAGCUGUAACGCUUACGUUGGCGCUAAUCCAGCUGCCUUUGUUGAGGCGUACUGGGAGAUUAAAUCGAUCAAGAUCUACGAGCAGGGCAAGGAUGUACCACCCUCAUCGACAACUGCUACUGCUACAAUCGCCACUACCACAACUACAACCAAACCAGCAUCCACAACUGCAACUACACCGAAACCAGAACCCACAACAACCACCACAAUGCUCUCUACUAGUACGAAAACAACCACUCGCACGCUCGCGCGCACCGCACCCUCCAGCUCUGCUCGAGUUCUACCUUCGUCAACCCCCUGUCCGUCAAAGACUACUCUAACGGUUACCUCUUUCACCACCUCGCCGGCGUCCACAGAUACCGCGGUGGCGCCUGCUUCCUCGAAGCUGACUACCACAACCAUAGUCACCACAUCAUACGUUGACAUUUGCCCAAGCGGAUACACGACGAAGACAAUUACGCACACCGUUACGUACUGUCCUGCAGACACCACUUCAGGCGGUGUUCCUCCAGGCUUCACAACAACCUCCAAGGCGUGUGCCACUGGUUGCGGCAGUGGCCCGACGACGGUCGUUGUCACAGUCCCCACGGGAGUUCCUACUGCAGUUGUCAGUGCCACUGCAACGAGAACUGCGGUUGUCAGCAUUGAAACUCAAGCAACUUCUUUGCCAGCCCAGGCCACAACUACGCCUGCUGCCCCAGUUGCUACAUCCGCAGUUCUCCCUGGUUCUUCGAUCGUCGUCCCACCCGCCGUGCCACGCGUUUCGUCCUCACCGGUCAUUUUACCCUCAUCCUCAGUAGUAGUACCGCCUAGAGUUACUUCAUCAUCUACACCUGGAUCUGGCAGUUCAACAACUACCGGAGUCAGCCCGUUGUUCACGAACGCUGCUGGUCACAGCAAACAAUUUUCCAUGGUUCACGGGCUAAUUGUUGCUCUUGCAGGCGCAGCUAUUUUCAUUUAGACUUGGGACCAUCAUAUUUAUCAUAGCAUUUAGAUAUCCUUGGUUUUUGUCUUAGCUUGUUAUUCUUUGGUAAAUGUCCAUGUAAUUUAGUGUUCACGGGCAGUGUUAGAUAUUACUUGCACAUACUGAAGGAAACUAAUUAAUAGAAUUGAUUUGGUUGAUCACA